UAGCACACAGAGGUGGAAGGAAGGAUCGAGGGAGCACCUGCGUGCCUGCUUGACCUUGACCUGCCCGAGCACCCACAAACAGCAACGAGCCCCUCCUUUCCCCGCCCUGAAAAUCGACGUAUUUGUCGUCAAAAUACUUACGCCCGACACACCAACUUUGCAUUGCAUCUCUUCUCACGUUCAGUCCUUCGAGUUCUGGACCGGUGCAUCGCUAUCUCUGAGAUAUCACUUUCAUUUUCUAGUCAAUUACCCCAGAAAAUACCGCCAUCAUGUCGGAGGAGAUCGACUACACCCUCAACAACCCCGAUACUCUCACCAAGUACAAGACCGCCGCUCAGAUCUCUGAGAAGGUCUUGGCUGCGGUUGCCGAGCUCAUCAAGCCUGGCGAGAAGAUCGUCACCAUCUGCGAGAAGGGUGACAAGCUCAUCGAGGAGGAGCUUGCCAAGGUCUACCGUGGAAAGAAGGUCAACAAGGGUUUCUCCCACCCUACCACCAUCUCCCCGGCUUCAUUCGUGACCCCCUACACUCCCCUCACUACCGAUGAGGCCGAGGCUGCCACUGAGAUCAAGGAGGGCGAGCCCAUCAAGAUCCAGCUUGGUGCUCAGAUUGACGGCUUCGGCUCCAUUGUCUGCGACACCGUCGUCGCCGGUGAGAUCACUGGCCGCACCGCCGACCUGGUUCUCGCCAACUACUACGCCAAUGAGCUCCUCCUCCGCUUGAUGCUCCCCCCCGGUCUGCUCGCUUCCGGCACCGACGAGGAGAAGGCCAAGGCUGCUGCUGCCAAGGCUCCCACCCAGGCCAAGAUCACCAGCCUGCUCGAGAAGGUCGUCAAGUCCUACGACUGCAACCUGGUUGAGAGCACCACCUCAUGGCUCUUUGAGCGCAACGAGAUCGAGGGCAAGAAGAAGAUUGUCCUUGCACCCGCUGAGGGUACCAAGGGCGAUGGCACUCCCGAGAUCGGUGAGGUCUGGGGUGUCGAGAUGGGCGUGAGCUUGGGCGCUGGCAAGGUCAAGACCUUGGAGUCAAGAACUACUCUGCACCGUCGCACCACCACCAACUACGGCCUCAAGCGCCCUACUUCCCGCAAGAUCCUCUCCGAGGUCCAGAAGAAGUUCGGAACCUUCCCCUUCAGCUUGCGCCAGCUCGAUGACGAGCGCGAUGCCAAGUCUGGUGUCGUUGAGUGCGUGCGUGGCAACGUCUUCCGCGCCUACGAGGUUGUUGGCGACAAGGACAACUCCCCCGUCGCCCGCUACCUGUCGACGAUUGCCAUCACCAAGAACGGUAUCACCAAGCUCGGUGCGCCGCCCGCUCUUGACCUUGAGAAGGUCAAGUCGGACAAGAAGAUUGAGGACGAGGAGAUUCUCAAGAUCCUCGAGCAGCCCCUGUCCAGAAAUACCGGAAAGAGCAAGAAGAACAAGAAGAAGAAGAAGCCGGCCAAGAAGGCUGCUGCUGCGGGCGGCGAGGAGGAGGAGGAGAGCGAUGAGGAGUAAAGCGAUCUCAGUGUAGGAAAUGGUGAUGACUGUCAAUGAGACGAGCAAGGGGGCGGCCCGAUUCUACGCCCACAAUUUUUGUCGUGAAAGUCAAAUGCGUGAUUGUGUUCCUUGGGGCAGUCGAUGGAUAGGGCCAUUACCAGGAAGAGGCCGGAAACAGGAACGCUCGCUCUGCUUAUCCGACGCCAAAAAAAAGUUGGCUGGCUGGCUGCACGACUGCUUUUUGGAAUGCCAAGGAGAGAGCUGCUUGCUCGCGCAUCUGAAGCUUCAGCCAGCCGCCACUGCAGCCCGGGUCGUCACCUCAGUCGUCCCACCAGGAGGCACAGCAGGAAAAGCAGCAAGCAGCGUAGCUAGGAUUCAACAGCUGCUCACUGAUCCAUCCAACAGAAGGUGUUGGACUGGAUGGAAGCCUGAACUGGCGGCAAGCCCAACAAAGACAAUGAAAGUCAUCCAUCUACUCCG